AUAAAAAUCCCCCCCAAAAAAAAAAAAAACAUCAUCAACUCCAAAGAAACCAUAUUAAAGAAAAAAGAAAAUUAUAGAGUGGCCUUUUUUUUGUCCAAUUUUUUAUUUUCUAAGGGUAAACCCGUGAGCUGAAUUGAAUGUGGGUCUGGAGUCCGGAUUAAGAUAAAAAAAGAAAUCAUAGAAUACAAAGCUUCAACAAACAACACUUUAAAGAACCAAAAAAACAAAAAAAGGGACUGUUUUUAGUUGAAUAGUUUUUACUUUUGAUCCAUUUCCAAAAACCCAGAUGUUAUUUCAAUAAGGUUUUCUGGGUUUUUUUUUUUUUUUUGUUCUAGAUCUUGCCUUUGGAUUUGCUGCAUGUUUCAGAUCUUUAGUGGGUUUUGAAGCUUAAAAGCUAUGGCGGUUUGAUCAGAUUCAGGCUUUCAGAUUAUAAGCUGCAGACUCGUAAUCGUACUUUUAUCUGAAAUUUUCAGAAAAAGGCAUUCUAAUUGAGCUGGCUUAGCUUUCUGCUUUGACAAAAAAAAUGUCCUUCCGUAGCAUAGUUCGUGAUGUGAGGGAUAGUUUUGGGAGCUUGUCUAGGCGAAGUUUUGAUGUUAGGUUGAUGGGGCAUCAUAGGGGAAAAUCCCAUGGUUCGUUACACGAUUUGCACGAUGAGCCUGUUGUAGUUCAGAGCAGCCGGUGGGCUAACCUACCCCCUGAGCUGCUUGUCGAUGUGAUCAAGAGGUUGGAGGAGAGUGAGAGCACAUGGCCUACUCGAAAGAAUGUCGUUGCAUGUGCAUCAGUUUGUCGGUCGUGGAGAUUCAUCUGCAAAGAAAUUGUUAAGAGUCCUGAAUUCUGUGGGAAGCUUACUUUCCCCGUGUCUCUGAAACAGCCUGGGCCACGCGAUGGAACCAUCCAGUGUUUCAUUAAAAGGGAUAAAUCUAAAUUAACCUAUCGCCUCUUUCUUUGUCUUAGCCCCGCCCUGCUAGUUGAGAACGGGAAAUUCCUUCUUUCUGCAAAAAGGACACGUAGGACUACUUCUACGGAGUAUAUCAUUUCUAUGAAUGCUGAUAACAUUUCACGAUCAAGCAGCAGUUACAUUGGAAAACUGAGGUCAAACUUCCUCGGCACAAAGUUCAUAAUAUAUGACACCCAACCUGCCUAUACCUCGGCUCAUGUCCCUCCACCAGGCCGGACAAGUCGAAGAUUUUACUCCAAGAAAGUUUCCCCUAAAGUCCCUACUGGCAGCUACAACAUAGCUCAGAUUACUUACGAACUAAAUGUUCUUGGUACUCGGGGUCCACGAAGGAUGCAUUGCAUGAUGCACUCUAUCCCUGCUUCGGCUCUUGACGCCGGCGGUGUUGUCCCUGGCCAGCCCGAGCUUCUCCGUCAUCCAUUAGAGGACUCAUUCAGAAGCAUUUCCUUCUCUAAAUCUCUUGAUCAGUCUGUCGAGUUCAGCAGCUCUCGGUUUUCCGAAAUUGGCACGUCUUAUGACGAUGAGGACGGGAAAAUGAAACCGUUGAUCCUCAAAAACAAGCCCCCAAGAUGGCACGAGCAGUUACAGUGUUGGUGCUUGAAUUUCCGAGGUCGGGUAACAGUUGCUUCAGUUAAGAACUUCCAAUUGAUUGCUGCCACACAACCAGCUGCUGGUGCACCCACCCCAUCAUCUCAACCCGCCCCACCUGAUACCGAUAAGAUAAUCCUACAGUUUGGUAAAGUUGGCAAAGAUAUGUUCACCAUGGAUUACCGUUACCCGCUAUCUGCAUUUCAGGCUUUUGCAAUCUGCCUUAGCAGCUUUGACACCAAAUUGGCUUGUGAAUAGAGAAUAUUAUGAUAGAACAUGGUAAUUGGUGGUCCCACUAAAACCAAAAAAAAAAAAAAAACAAAACAAAAGAUUAAUCACAGACUUCAAUUUUCUUCCCUUUUUUAUUUCUUUUGCCGCUUCUCUUUUAGGGUGACCAUUGGUAGGAUGAGAAAUUGAUACUGUUUGUGUUAUUUGUAAGCUAAUUUGUAUCUUUGAUGCUAUCACCUGAAUGACACAGGCUUGCAUCAUAGUAAACCCUAAAUCCUCUUUAAUUCAUGAAUGAUUAAUCAAGGUGCUUGUUUC